AUCAACGGAUCGGGUCCUUGGCAUCACUUCAACUGGACUUUGAAGAAGAAAGAGCUCCAAUUUAAGGCGAAAUAUCGGAGUGGGACAGUCUUAUUUUAAACAUAAAGUGAGCUACAGGUCUUGUCAGUGAAGUUAUAGCCGCGUUAGCAAACAUGUCAAUGCAUUUGUAUCAAAUAAGUAGCAGACUUCUGGGGGACACAGUGGAGAAGAUGAACGACAACCUAACCUGUGUGGUUCUGGCAGCCUCUGUCAUCACUCUGACUCUGGGAUAUGUUUCUAAAAUCCUGCUCAAACAAACCUCUGAGAAGGAUUUGAAAUACCCUCCUUAUAUCCCCUCCAGUGUGCCAUUUCUGGGACAUGCAGUUGCAUUUGGGAAAAGCCCAAUUGAAUUUCUUGAAAAUGCAUAUGAUAAAUACGGUCCUGUGUUCAGUUUUACCAUGGUGGGGAAGACCUUCACCUACCUGCUGGGCAGUGAAGCAGCCACUCUCCUGUUCAACAGCAAGAACGAUGACCUGAACGCUGAGGACGUCUACUCCAAACUGACCACUCCAGUGUUCGGGAAAGGAGUCGCCUACGAUGUGCCGAACCCUAUCUUUCUGGAGCAAAAGAAGAUGCUGAAGACUGGCUUGAACAUCGCUCAUUUUAGGGAACAUGUGAAGAUAAUCGAGGAAGAGACCAUUGAGUAUUUUCAGAGAUGGGGAGACAGCGGAGAGAAAAAUCUGUUCGAGGCUUUGUCUGAGCUGAUCAUCCUGACGGCCAGUAGCUGCCUCCAUGGGAAGGAGAUCCGCAGUAUGCUCAACGAACGGGUGGCCCAGCUCUAUGCCGACCUGGAUGGAGGGUUCAGCCACGCUGCCUGGCUUCUGCCCGGGUGGCUGCCUCUGCCCAGCUUCAGGAAAAGAGAUAAAGCUCACAGAGAGAUCAAGAACAUCUUCUACAAGGUGAUUCAGAAGCGCAGAAAAUCUCAAGAGAAAGUGGACGACAUCCUGCAGACCCUCAUCGAUGCCACGUACAAAGAUGGACACCCUCUGAAUGAUGACGAGAUUGCUGGAAUGCUGAUCGGUCUCCUGUUGGCUGGUCAGCACACGUCGUCCACCACCAGCGCCUGGAUGGGAUUCUUCUUGGCCAGAGAUAAAGCCCUGCAGGAGCGCUGUUAUGCUGAGCAGAGGGCUGUGUGUGGAGAAGAUCUGCCACCGCUCAACUUUGACCAGCUGAAGGAUCUCAGUUUGUUGGAACGCUGCUUAAAGGAGACCCUUCGACUCCGUCCUCCCAUCAUGACCAUGAUGAGGAUGGCCCGUUCUCCUCAGAAAGCAGCAGGAUUCACCAUCCCUGCAGGUCAUCAGGUCUGCGUCUCCCCGACUGUGAACCACCGCCUCCAUGACACCUGGGCAGAGAGGAUGGAGUUCAACCCCGACCGCUACCUCAACGACAACCCCGCUGCAGGGGAGAAGUUUGCAUACGUACCAUUUGGAGCUGGUCGUCAUCGCUGCAUCGGGGAGAACUUUGCCUACGUCCAGAUUAAAACCAUCUGGUCCACUAUGCUGCGGAUGUACGACUUUGACCUGGUGGACGGGUACUUCCCCACCAUCAACUACACCACUAUGAUCCACACCCCUCACCAUCCCAUCAUCAGAUACAAGAGGAGGAAACAGUGAAGACCAACACAAAGACACGAGGAAACUCCCAAACAUCCUCUGUGUUUAUGUUAACGUUCGACCUUCCUGGGACUCAGAUUUAGACGACUGUGUCUAAAUGUCAGCGCUUUUACUUUCUGUGCUCAGAUUCUAUUGACUUGUGUGAGGUCCAGCUCUUCUUUUCUUUUUUUUUGUUAGGAUUGUUAAGAAUGUGUGUUUCCAGAGUUAAAUACACAAGCUGUAAUGACUCUGAACACUGAUGCUCAUGUUCACAAUGUGAAUUCUAAAGAAACACAAACAGAUAAUCUUUGACUUAAUGGAGUGCCUUGAUGACUGAACUAUGACUGGAUC